AUGGGUCAAUCUCCAAGCAUCACCGCGGAAAUCGAAAUCCAGGCAUCGCCUGAUGCAGUUCGAUCAGUGUUCAUGGACUUUGGCCGAUACAAAGAAUGGAGCCAGUGGUACUUUGAGCCUGUCGAAGCCACCAAGAGCCCCACGGAAUUGCAGGAAGGCGACCGUAUGAAGAUCGACCUCGGUGCUAUGAAGUUUGAAGCAUCCAUUGUGAAAUCACCUGCCGACUCCUUUUCAUGGGACGGGAACUUCUACGGCCUCCUCGCGGGAAAGCAUGAAUUCAUGUUCAACCCGAGCACGAAGCAUGCGGGCGGGACCACGUUCCUUCAGAAGGAGGAGUUUCGAGGCGUCUUUGCGUUCCUUAUGGCACCACAACUCGGUCUCAGCGGCUCCACCUUGAGCAACUGGAAUCAAUUCAAUGCAGAUCUGAAGAAGAAAGUCGAGAGUUCCUCUUCUUAG